CAAUUUGCCGAGUUUAAUUUAGAAAAACCUAACGACUGCACCAGCAAUUUCGUUCAAGUAUUUUCCGGAAAAACCGAUAUGGCGUCCAACGACAAAGAGUUUUGCGGCUCGAUAGCAGACACUGUCAACUCAAAGCCAGGGCAAAAUCGUAUGUUCGUCAGAUUCUUCUCGGAAUCAAAAGGCAAGAAAACCCUCUUCCAGGCAAACUUUACAGCGUUCCGAGAUCUUGGACAAGGAAAAAACCAGAAAUGUAAUGAAGAAAUAGAAUAUGACUGUGACGAUGCCACGUGUAUAGACAGAAAGCUGAUGUGCAAUAAAAAAUAUAACUGCAGAUUUCGUUGGGACGAAGAAGACGACGAGUGUCAGACUGCUCAAUCCAUGACAUGGUCUGGGGAUCACAUCAUAAUUAUCAUGGUGAUAUUCACUUUGAUACUGACUGGAAUGUGUAUGACAUUUAUAUAUAAUUGUGUUACUAAAUUAAUUAGGGAUCAUAGGACAAUACAGUCUGAUUUUGUGUUAAAAAAAGGCAUAAUAUUUCUAGACUGCAACCUUGAACGAAUAAAGCCAUCCCUUGAUUCUGGUCCACAAACAUCAGCUGAUGCUUCAGUUACUAACUUAACAGUUCUUUCCACGGAUUCUGUAUGA